GAGGAGGAGGACUUGUUCUUCAGGUGGAUAUUUUUUGCAGCGCUCCCCCCCUCCCCUCUCCCUCACACACCCCUUCUCCUCCCCCCGCCCCUCCUCUGUAUAAAGCGGAGGUGUUACUGCAGCUGCUACAGUCCAGAGUUCAGCAGCCGAGCGGAUCUUUACUCUCUUUUUCUGCAUCCAGCCCGCCGACACACACUCACUCACACUCACACACACAUACACACACACACUGACUGCUCCUCUCACCGUCACCCCGUUUCUCCCCGGAGCGUUUCUGUGUCUCCUGCUGAAGCUCCCCGUUUCCUCCGGACCCGUUUGGAUUUUACGCACUGAUCAUUAACCUGUUACCUUGCACCGGAGCUUUGUGCCUCCGCGCCGACACGCCAUGGCGCGUCUGUUCCUGUCGUGUCUCCUGCUGUUUGGAUCCGCGCAGACGGCCCUCUCCUCCGGGGUCUUCGAGCUGAAGAUUGACUCCUUCACCAGCUCGCGCGGCGUGUGUCGCUACCAGUCCCGGGACUGCCAGAUCUUUUUCCGCGUGUGCCUCAAGCACUCGCAGGACGUUAUCAACCCGGAGCCGCCGUGCACGUACGGCACCGCGCUCACUGAGAUCUUCGGCGCCGACUCCAACUCCAUCUCCGGGAGCGCGCCCAUCAGGGUGCCGUUUCACUUCAAGUGGCCGGGAACUUUCUCUCUGAUUAUUGAAGCCUGGAACGCGGAGUCUUCAGGACUCGAGUCUACAGAGAACCAGAACAACCUCAUCAGCCGGCUGGCGACCCGCCGCAGGCUGACCGUCGGGGAGGAGUGGUCCCAGGACGUGCACUUUGGCAACCAGAGCGAGCUGCGCUAUUCCUACCACGUGGUGUGCACCGAGCACUACCACGGCGAGGCCUGCUCCGCCUACUGCCGUCCCCGAAACGACACCUUCGGACACUACACGUGCGACGACGACGGGAGCCGCCGCUGCCUGGAGGGCUGGAGGGGCGAGUGGUGCUCGGACCCCAUCUGUGCAGCGGGGUGCAGCGAGGAGCACGGCUUCUGCGAGUCUCCGGGGGAGUGCGUGUGCCGGCAGGGCUGGCAGGGCGCGCGCUGCGACGAGUGCGCCCGACACCCCGGCUGCCUCCACGGGACGUGCCAGCAGCCCUGGCAGUGCAACUGCAAGGAGGGAUGGGGAGGACUGUACUGCAACGAAGAUCUGAACUACUGCACCAACCACAAGCCGUGCCAGAAUGAUGCCUCGUGCACAAACACCGGUCAGGGCAGCUACACCUGCACCUGCCGGCCCGGGUUCACCGGCAAAAACUGCGAGAUCGAGACCAACGAGUGUGACAGCAACCCCUGCAAGAACGGCGGCAGCUGCAAAGAUUUGGAGAACGAUUAUUCGUGUGAGUGUCCUCAGGGCUUCUACGGGAAGAACUGCGAGAUCAGCGCCAUGACGUGCGCAGACGGACCUUGUUUUAACAGAGGAACCUGCGUUGAGAACGUCGCCGGCGGGUACAGCUGCCAUUGCCCGUCCGGGUUCACGGGAUCCAACUGUGAGAAGAGGAUCGACAGAUGCAGCAGCAACCCCUGCGCUAAUGGCGCUCAGUGUUUGGACCUCGGGAACCGCGUCAUGUGUCGCUGUCGGCUCGGCUUCACCGGCUCUCGCUGCGAGACCAACAUCGACGACUGCGCUGGCAACCCCUGCCGCAAUGCCGGCACCUGCGUCGACGGCAUCAAUGACUUCACCUGCACGUGCACGCUCGGCUUCACCAGCAAGGACUGCUCCGUGCGCACCAGCCCCUGCAACCAGUUCCCCUGCGACAACGGCGGCACGUGUUACACCCACUUCACCGGCCCCGUGUGCCAGUGUCCUCCGGGAUUCAUGGGCGCUCGCUGUGAGUACUCAUUCACUCAUGCUGUCACUGGGCCGACUACGGAGCCCACCGUGAGUCACAACGUCCCUCCAGCGCUGAUUGCCGCAGUCGCCCUCGGCCUGGUGACCCUGAUUCUGCUGGUCUUAGCUGCAGUCCACAUUCUGCGUCAGCUCCGCCGGGGCCGGGAGCUAGCGGCCAUGACCACGUCUGUGAAGAACGACCUGGAGACGGUAAACAACCGGAACGCAGUGAUCGGUGGGGGCGGACCCUAUAACGGGAACUUACCAGGAGCGCCACUGGGCAGUUUGAGAGAGAAGGAGGCCUUCCUCAUCCCGGGAGGACAACUGAAAGUGUCCAAUAAGGACGCAGCGCUGGUUGAGAACGGUGGCGACAACAUAUUUAAAAACAAAAUGGCAGACUGUAACCUGGCGAAAGAUGAACAGCGCCUGGCCAAGAGCAAGUUUGAUCUUAAGAAGUGUGAUUCGUCCAUCAUCGUCCCUCCUCUAAGUUUUGCAAAAGACAGUCUGUAUCACCCAGUGUUCAUCAUCCCAGAGCAGAUAGAGCAGUGUGUGUUUGCCACAGAGGUGAGGACACGUCUACCAACACAACCACGCACACACUCAAAUUAA